AUGUCGGACUCACUCUUAUUCAGUGGUGUGAUCCCGGCUAAAGAUGCUUCCCAAUCUUCUAUAUUUAACAUGUCCAACUCUAUUCUAUCCAAUGAGCCAUCUAAUGGCCAAAAUAAUGCGUUAUUUGAAGAAGGAAAUAGAGACUCCAGUGAAACAGCAGAAAAUUCUCCUGAACUCGAAGACACAACUUAUAGAGGCAAAGAAGUGAAGCUUUUCACAGGUGAGAAGAUAAGGCUUAAACCAAAAAGAAGACAAAGACAUCUUGCUAGUAUCGAAGAACUAGGACAAGAAAGUAGCGGAAAUUUGUAUGAUAUGGAUGUUUUAUUUGAUAGAGUAAGAGAACAACAAAAGGAUAAAGAAAAUAGAGAUAAGCUCCUAUCGCUUGAAAAACAAACUAAAAAGCCCAAAAAGAAUGAGUCCAUAGUCUGGAGUGAAAAAUACAAACCAAAAAAUUUUUUGCAAAUUUGUUCUGCCGGAAAUGAUAAACAAUAUCGAUUGGUAUCAUCCUGGUUGAAAAAAUGGUCUGCCAUAGUCCACGGCGAAGAUUUUGUGGGUGAAAAUAUUGAUACAUUGGGUCGUCCUCAUAAAAAAGUCCUAUUAGUUCAUGGUCCCCUGGGUAUUGGUAAAACGGCUAUUGUUCAUAUUUUAGCAAAACAAUUGGGGUAUUCAGUUCAAGAACUAAACGCUGCAAAUAGUAUGGAUACUUUACCCCAAGCAAGCAGUGCUACUGGAAAUGCAUUUCAAAAUGCUUCGGCUGCUCUCAAGUUAAAGAUCAUUAAUGCUUUAACCACAAAUAGUAUCACUUCCAAAGGAAGACCCACUUGUCUCGUUAUUGAUGAAAUUGAUUCAAGUAUAAAUGCAAAUGAAAUUGUCAAAGUCUUGAAUGAUUUAUGUCAAAGUGAUCAAAGAACAUUAUCAAGAAACAAACAAGGAAAUAUUGAAAGUAAUACCAACACGAAGAAACUGAAGAAGAAACCAUUUGUUUUGAAUAGACCAAUAAUCUGUAUUGCCAACGAUAUUUAUCUGACUAGUUCAUCAAGAUACUCUGGAUCUCCAAUGGAAAAAUUGAGACCCUUAUGUGAAAUGGUGGCCUUUAAAAAACCACAAUCUACGAAAUCGGGAACCGGUUCUAGAUCCAGUGGUAAUGCAUUGAGAAGCGUUAAAGAUCACUUGAUGAAAAUCAGUCAGUUUGAGAAACUUGGAUUGGAUUACCAACAAAUAAACGAGAUUGUUGAAGUUUGUGAAUGUGAUAUGAGAGCGUGUAUCAAUUAUCUUCAAUUCAAUGGUCGUAAACUUGAUCCCACGAUUUACACAUUGAGAGGAGAGAAGACCAACGGUAAUAAAGAUACUCAAUUGACAUGGUUUGCUAUGGUAGACCAACUCUUUAAAAGAGAUGCUCAAUUGUCAAAAGACGAAGCAUUUGAAAAACUAUUGGAUCUGAUUUCAAACGGUAAGGGUAAAUCUGCAGUCUCUAGUUCCGGAUCCCUAGAUAAAGUCGUUAGAGGCUGUUUCAAUAGAUAUUUAGAUGUUGUUCAUCUACAGGACGAUUCAUUAAAAAAGCCUUCUCAAUUAAGUGAUUGGUUCAGCUUUUAUGAUAACAUAAAACUAGAAAACGAUGCUAAUAAUUAUUCGAGUUUGGUAACGAUGAAAGUAUGGUCUUUAUUCAGUGAAAUAAACCCUCGUAAACAUGCCAACGACACUAGCUUGAUUCCCAAUAGCAGAAACCUUGAUUUUGAAACUAUGGAAGUCAUGAAACAAAAUAAGUCUACUGUGAAAAGACUUCUUGAAAUUAUCCCAUUGAGUACAAAAGUAAGCAUGGGAUUCGGAUCCUCAGAAUCCUCGGAAUCGUUCUCCUGCCAUAUUUUACCAUUCUUAGAUAAGUUGUUAUCCCCUGAAUUAGCCUCGAAUAAGAUCAAACAAGAUCAUGAGAUAAAAUCAAUUCAAAAGUGUGCUAAUUUAGUACAUUCUUUUAAUUUGAAAUUAGAAAGUCAAAAAGACGUGGAAUCUGGUUUAACAACAUUACAUUUCUCCAACGAUUGGGACAGUAUAGUCAGUUUCGAAAACCAUCUAGCCCCAAUUAAUUCUUUGGCCCGCUCCAAGUUAGUACAAAAUAAAAGACAUCGUUUAUUCCCACUAAUCAAAUCGGAAAUUGAAUUGAUGCUAAUGGCCAGUAGAGCUUCAAAAAGAAGAAUUGAAGAUGGACCAGACUCAAAACAAAAGGAAGAGGCAGAAAAGGAAAACACCAAGAAGAAAAGGGCCAAACCGGCCAACUCUGUUGAUUUCUUUAAAAACAAAUACGAUGGUCUUUCAAGUCAAUUGCAAAAAGAUAAUGGUAGAGAAAAGGACCCAAAUCAUGAAGCUACAAGAAUAUGGGUCAAAUAUAACGAAGGUUUCUCCAAUGCGGUAAGGAAGAACAUUGGUUGGGCGGAACUAUGGCUGCACUGA